AUGGCGACGCUGGCGCAUCCCGGCGUCGCUCCCAUGGGAACGGCCCGCGUGGCGUCCCGGGAGCCGCGGGAACCGGGGGAGAGGGACCUGGCGCUGCCCCCGGCUCCGCUGUCCCGGAUCCCUCCCUGUGAGGGAAUGUCGGCUCUGCAGUGCCGGGAACAGCCCGUGGCGAUCCCCCGGGAAAGGCAAUCCCGGCUCCGGUGUGCCAGGAAUUCCAGCCAGGACAACAUGGAGCGUUUUUCUCUCUCUGAGCUCGGGCUCCCAACAGAAAACAAAGCUAUCCAGGGAAUUCUCUGUCCCAUGGCGGUGGAGCUCUGCCACCUCCUCCUCGCCCUGGAAAGGGAAGAUGGGAUUUGUCCAGCCUUCCCCAAUUUGGGGGAAAAGGCGAGAGAAUUGGCCAAAGCAAUGGAAGAACUCGCUGCUGUGGCGAGGAGGAUCUCCGAGGAUUGUGGCGCAGGAGGGAGCACGGAGCUGUGUCCCGCGGGUGAAUCCCUGCUCCGGGCCGGGAGGGACGUGGCACUGGCAGCAUUCCAGCUGCAGAAGCAUCCUCACAGCCCUGGGCACCGCCAGCAGCUGGCAGCGGCCGCCAAGAGGAGCCUGACGGAGACAGCAAAGAUCCUUCAGCUGGAAGAGGCUGCGGGGCUGAGGAGGAUCGCUGGCGCUGCCAGCUGGCUCCUGGAAAGCCUGAGCGAGCUGCGGGACGCCCAGGAUGCUCCAGGGCUGCUGGAUGCGUUCCAGGCCUUCUCCGAGGCCCUGCUCCGGCUGAGCCGCCUCACGGCCCAGCGCCUCCAGCUACUCGGAGACUGUCCCAGAGGGAAGAGCUUGGCCCAGAGCCUGCAGCUGCUCCACCAGUGUGUCCCGCUCAUCCACACAGCCCUGCCACGCUCCAGGGAUCGCCAAGCUGACCUCUCCCAGGAUUCUGUUUUCCAGCUGACCGAGAGCACCGUCAGGGGGCUCCUCUCCCAGCUCACGGAGCCCCAGGACAGGAGUGGGAUCUUCUCCCAGCAGGUGAGCAGGCUCCAGGCUCUCCUCUCCCAGCCCGACGCCCUGCGCCUCUCCGAGGGCGGGUUCAGCUCCCUCUUGGAAGCGGUCAUUCUCCAUGGAAUGCUGCUGGCAGAGUCAUCCCGGCUGGACCUGCGGCUGGAGCUGCUGGAACAACCAGGAGGAAUUUUAAGGAAGCUCCAGCCCCUCACUGCCGCCUUCUUCGCUCAGGCCCAGCGGAUGCUCCGAGCGGCCGAUCUGGUCCUGGCCGGGUGUGCCGAGGCCCAAACCGCCAGAGAAAUCCGGGAGGGCGCGGAGCAGCUGCGGAGUCUCCUGGGCAGCCUCCCUUCCCUGCUCACGGAAACGAGUGGGAAUGCCACGGAGCAGCUCCAGGCCCUGGGCCGUGCCUGGGCCAGAGCCACCGACGGCCUCCUGCGCUGCUUCGAGGAGACGGUCGGCGUGAGGGAACUCCUGGAGUUAUCCAUCCUGGAGCUGGCCGAGCACAAGGAACGGUGCGAAGCGGCGCUGGAACGCCGCGAUCCCGAGGGAUUCUCCCGGCACGCCGCUCGCCUCACAGGCUGGGCGCGCUGGGUGGUCGGAGCCGCCUCCCGGCACGUGGACAGGGCCACGGAUCCCAUCUUCAGGAACGGCUUGCUGGUGUGGGUGGAGCAAUUGGCCAAAUCCAUCCUGGAGCUGAGAGCAGUCACGGCCCUCAUUCCGGGAAGGUUUUCCUGCCUCCAAAGCCGGGAUGCCUUUUCCCAGGCAGCGAGCUCCCUGAUGGACUCUGCUCUCCGUGUCCAAGCCGGGCUGGAUGGCUCCAACCACCCGGAGAUCCUCAGCCCGCUCCGGGAGCGAGUGCGUAGCACCGAGGUGGAAGAGGGGCUGGAGCUCCGGUCCCACACUGGGAUACGAACCAGGACGGCUGAGGCAGCGUUCCAAGGAGAUCUCCAAAGUCAUCCAUCUUCACCACCAGCUAACUUCCGCCUGGAUCCACGGGAAGGGGAAACACACCCUGUCAUCGUAGCUCUCCUGGCAGCAUCCCGAGCCGGUGCCAGGGACGCUGUCCGUGCUGCUUGCUCCGUCCUGCUGGAGCUCUCCGAUGGCUGCGUGGAAGCAGCACGGGAAGCGCUGCCCGUGGCCGAGCCCCCGCAGCUCCAGGUGCUGCAGCAGCACCGGGAUAUCGCGGCACUGACCCCACGGAUCAUCAGCCUGGCCACGAAAAUGGCCCCCGGGCAGCUCCCUGCUCCAGGCAGGCUUCUCCAAAUGGCACUCAGGCUUUCGGGAAGGAUCCGGGAGACUCUGGAGUGCCUGGCGGCUGUGGCAGGCCUUUGGAAUGCUCUGGCCCAGCAAGUGCUUGGAUUUAUCCUGGCGGGUGACUUUCCAAGAGGGAAGCAGGCUCUGGAUGAGACCCUGCUGGGUUUAGCGGGAGCAGUGCAGGUGGCGGGAGCCAUGGCGAGCAUAGCCUGCGGUCAGGAAAACCCCAAUCCCUCCCGUGGCCAGCAGAGCUUUCUGCAGCUCCAAGCCAAGUUUUCCCGUGCUCAGCUGAACACCAAAGCGUUCCUGGAGAAGGCAGCAUCCUUCAGGGAAUCCUGUGGGAUGGAAAAGGCCGUCCUGGAGCUGCGCGGCGUCCGGUGGGCCGUUGGCAUGCGUGUCCUGCUGGAUGCCAUGGAUGGGUUCGUGGGCAGGGAUGUCCUGUUCCUGGCGGAGCUGAGCAGAGCUGUGAGGAACAAGGCUGCCCCACGGAGCCUCCUGCCUGCUGUGGCUGAGAAUUCCCUCAGGCUGCAGGAGGCUGCCCGCCUCUCCUACUUAUCCUGCCCUGGGGACCACGGUGCCAGAGAAAUCCUGGCACUCCGGGAGGAGAUCCAGGUGCUCAUGGAAGCGCUGCUGGACGUGUCCAACACCCUCCUGCUCUCCCCACUGCCUACUGCCAGCUUGGCCAUCCGCUUCGAGCUGCUGCGAAGGGACGUGGCCCUCAGGGCCAAGGCGCUGUCGCUCCACAUGGAAAGGGUCAACAUGGAACAGCUGCAGCUCAUCCAGGACGUGGCUGGAGCAGCUCUGUCCAACCUCAGCCAAGAGGAGAGGGAGAGGAGCAAGGAAGGGUUUGAGGAGAAGGCAAAUCGGCUCAUGGCUGAUGUCCAGUGGGUCAGGAACACCCUCCGGGAUGCUCUGGAGGCCGGUGCUCAACUUGGGUCACAGGCUGACCUGCUGUCCGUGGCUGACCACCUCCUGCUCCUCACGGCUGACCUGGUGGAAAGUGUCCAGCAGCACUUCAGGAGCCAGCAGGACACCGGGGAUCCCCUCCUGGACACCGGGGAUCCCCGCCAGGACACUGGGGAUCCCUGCCAGGACACCGGGGAUCCCCUCCUGGACACCGGGGAUCCCUGCCUGGACACUGGGGAUCCCCGCCAGGACACCGGGGAUCCACUCCUGGACAUUGGGGAUCCCCACCUGGACACUGGGGAUCCCCGCCUGGACACCGGGGAUCCCCUCCUGGACAUGGGGGAUCCCUGCCUGGACACCGGGGAUCCCCUCCUGGACAUGGGGGAUCCCUGCCUGGACACUGGGGAUCCCUGCCUGGACACUGGGGAUCCCCGCCUGGACACCGGGGAUCCCCGCCUGGACACUGGGGAUCCCCGCCUGGACACCGGGGAUCCCCGCCUGGACAGCGCGGUGUGGUACUGGUCAGCCAAGGCACACUACCUUGUCACACAGCUCCGGGUUAUCCCUGGAAUCAACAGGGAUGUCCUGCGGCGCCUCACGGAAUGCCUGCAGCGGGAACACUUCCCAGGAUCACCCAAGGGCACAGCCGCACUCUCCCCAGCUCCAGAGCCCACUCCAGAGGCAGCAGGAAUUCAUCCACGCGGGAGCAGAGGAGCGAGUGGAGCCGGGCGGGAAGCGGGUGAGCCGCACCAGGACGGCCCUUCCAGCAUCCCCCCUGCAAAGCAGGAGACAGGAAACCAUGGCAAGUGGCAGGGUGGCCCCAGCAAGGUGUCCCAGGUGACCCAGGACAUGGCCACGAGGAUGCUCCACAUGGCUCAGUUCCUGCGCAGGAAGGGCCCCAUUGCGAGCAAGGAGCAGUUUGUUGCCUGUGCCAGACGGAUGGUUUCCGACGGGCAGGUGGUUGUUAGGUUUGGGAACAUCCUCGCCAAGCACUGCCUGGACCAGAGGUGCUCCACGGAGCUGCUCCGCGCUGCCGAGCACACCCAAUCCAUCGGCAGCCAGCUCGCCAUCGUGGCCAGGGUGAAGGCAGUGACUGGGGAGAGCAGGGCCUCCUCUGAGCUGCUGCUGAGCAACGUGCAGAACCUCAUCCAAGCAGCCCAGCAUGUCCUGAGGGCGGCCGAGGCGGCGUGUGUCAAAGGUUUGGGACAGCCCUCAGCAGACCCUGAGGAAGAAGAAGUUGCUGCUUUCUGCCAGCAGUGGAGGAAAAACCUGACCCAGCACAGAGCCAAGGAGGCUUUAAAUUCUGACCGGGAUGAAUUAGGGCUCCGGAAAACUCGAGGGGCAAAGGCUGAGCCCACCCUGAUGUCUCUGGUGCAAGAGCAACCCCCCUGGAGCAGGAAUGUCCCAAAGCACCCCAGUCCUAGGAAGGGACACACAGUUAUGGACAGACACCUGUAGCCCAGAGAGGGGCUCCGUGGCGCUGGAAGCAGAGCAGGAAUACUUUGCAGCGUGAAGGAUUCACGCUGGAAUUUUCCACCGCGGCAGGAAAACCUCGGAACAGGCUCGGUGGGGAGGCCAGGAAUCUUCUGGUGAGUGUUCUACCCCCAGCUGGUGAGAUGGGGUGGACGGGGCUUUGGAGAAUCCUGAUCCAGUGGGAGGUGACGGAGGUGUCCCUGCCCAUGGCAGGGGGUGGAAUGGGAUGAG